GAUCAUUCAGUGGCAGAGCAGUGACAGGAGCAACAUCACAAUGGCACUGCCCUCCGAGACCGCGCCUGAGGCUCCGCCAACCCCUGAAGAGCCACUCAUCGCCUCUCCCGCAGCAGCCAGCCCCCCCGCUAGAAAGAAGAGGAAGAGAAACCAGCCGGGCCGGUACAGCCAACUCGUAGUGGACACGAUCCGCAAGCUCGGGGAGAGGAACGGCUCGUCCCUGGCCAAGAUCUACAGCGAAGCCAAGAAAGAGCCCUGGUUCGACCAGCGGAAAGGCCGCACGUACCUGAAGUACAGCAUCAAGGCGCUGGCGCGCAACAAGACCCUCACUCACACCAAGGGCGCCGGGGCUAACGGUUCGUUCAGACUGAACCUGCAGACGCUGAACCGGAAGCACGGCCGUAAGAAACCCACCGCUGGCAGGUCGGCCGUCAGGAAAGUAGCCCGGGUCUCUGAGGGACAUUCCAGGGGCCACAGGGCAAAGCCCAAGAAGGCGAGACACGUCCGGAUAGCGGCCAAGAGCCCAAAGAAAACCGGGAGAAGCCGCGCCGCCCACAAGAGGAAGAGAAGCGUCAAGCGCAGGGUUCCCAGAACCAUGAUAGUGUAAAGUGGCAGCGAGUGCCGGACUGUAACAUGAACAGUACUUUGCCAUUAAAUAUCCCACCGCUUCUCAC